AUGCUGCGAACCGCGACCCGUCUCCCUGCCGCCGUGCAGACCACACGCUCUGCCGCCGCAGCCCUCACACCUCUCUCGCGGAAACAGCAGUCACAGCAGCAGGUGCGAUGCGCGCAUGCCAUCUCCAACCCAACACUCGCGAACAUUGAGAAGCGAUGGGAGGCCAUGCCACCCCAGGAGCAGGCCGAUCUGUGGAUGGCUCUGCGGGAUCGUAUGAAGGUCGACUGGAAUGAGCUCACGCUUCAGGAGAAGAAGGCCGCCUACUGGAUCGCUUUCGGCCCACACGGCCCACGUGCUGAGGCUCCUCCAGGCGAGGGCACCAAGGUCUUCUUGUACACCAUGAUUGGUAUCGGCGCAGCAGGUGUCCUCUUCGGUGCGACUCGCUACUUCGCCAAGGGCACACCACGCACAAUGAACAAGGAAUGGCAAGAGGCCACCAACGAAUACCUAAAGGAGAACAAGAUCGAGCCCAUCACUUGGGUCGGCAACCCAGACUACAAGGGCCCAGGCGCUGUCCAAAGUCCUCCAGCACCAAAGGAGUAA